AGCCAGGCAGAGGGUUGCGACGCCACGGGGGAUCUGAACAAGGAUCUGCGGGCCCGCCUUGGGGCGACAAAGCUGCUUCUGCAGCAGGCCCCAGCGAGUUUGCAAGCCGCUGCGUCUGAGGUCCAUGCGAACGCUCUCAGAUCGUCUGCGAGCUCGGCGACGGCCGCCCGGAGUUCGACAGAGGCGUCGCACCUGCUGGCUUUAGCAGCGCAAAUGGGCUUCGCUGCAAGCGAUUUGGCCGCAGCGGUCGAGUCGCUGAACGCCGCCGCCAAGAAGGGGAGAAAGAAGAAACGCAAGCUGACGCAGGAUUUCAGGGCGGUUUUCGGCUACUUCACAGAGGCCGAGCGCGGCGCCAUGUCGAACCAGGGGGGGCGGCCGCUAGAAGUCAGGGAGGUCUGCUUCAACCGCGUGGCGGCUUUGGGGGCGAGGGCGCCAUCGGAGGCUGCGCAGCGCAUGCUGUCGGCACGCCUGAUCCUGCGGACAGAGGACAUGAGGGCGCGCUUCAGCCAGGCGAAGAAGAUCCAGACGUUUGACGCACUCAAGAGCGCCUGGAAAGCACGGGCGCGGACGGCGCAGAACAGCGUCGAGAUCAUCGGGGCGUCGCCGCCGCCCCCGUCGCAGCACGAGGGGAAGCGCCCCGCGAUCUUCGCGCGGGCCUACGCCGACGGGGCGCUGCCAGUUUCGAGCAACACCGAUACUGCGAUGAUCAAAAACGAUGGCCGCUACAUUCAGUUCUAG